CUUCAUUUCUCACUGUCAUUGGUUGCUUGUUCUUCCAAAUAAAACCUCCCAAUCUCAAACAGUAGUCUUUUAUCUCUCUCGGAGACGAUGCUUGGUGUUCAGUUUUGCUCCCGUGUAUUCUCCACUUUCUGGGUUUUCUCAGAUUCACCAAAUGCUUAUCACCCAACACCCUCCAUUUCUUUUCCUCCGCUUCGCUCCUCUCCAAUCCGUUUACAUUUCACGGCGAAUCGCCACCCGUCGCCGAAACGGGUCCUCAUUUCUUGCCACUCGAUUCAUGGUAGCUUCGGGUCCCAAUUUAGCAACGAGGACGACCCAGAUCACCAGUUUCUUGAAGCUUCUAUUCUCGUUUCAGAAACUGUUUCGCACUACCGGAUGUUAAGGCAAGGAUUUAAAGAAGAAGUAAAAUGGCAGUCAUCUAGGAGACAGCAUCCCAUUUCAAGGCCUAAAAUUGCUUCAAUUGGGCAAUCCUUUCUUAGUCGAUUUACCAGUCCAACUAUUUUUCUUUAGAUUUCUUGUGAUGGC